ACUGGCUCCCCGGCCGGCGUGGGUGUGGGGCGAGUGGGUGUGUGCGCGGUAGAGCGCGCCAGCGAGCCCGGAGUGCGGAGCUGGGAGGAGCAGCGAGCGCCGCGCAGAACCCGCAGCGCCGGCCCGACAGGGCAGCUCGGAGGUGGGUGGGCCGCGCCGCCAUCCCGCUUGCAGGGUCCCCAUUGGCCGCCUGCCGGCCGCCCUCCGCCCAAAAGGCGGCAAGGAGCCGAGAGGCUGCUCCGGAGUCGGAGCAGGACAGCCUGGCCGAGCCAACGCCGGGGACUUUGUUCCCUCCGCGGAGGGGACUCGGCAACUCGCAGCGGCAGGGUCUGGGGCCGGCGCCUGGGAGGGAUCUGCGCCCUUCACUCCCUCCCUAGCUGUGUUCCCGCCGCCGCCGCCCGGCUAGUCUCCGGCGCUGGCGCCUAUGAUCGGCCUCCGACAGCGCUCCAGAGGGACCGGGGGAGCUCCCAGGCGCCCGGGACUGGAGACUGAUGCAUGAGGGGGCCACGGAGGCGCAGGAGCGGUGGUGAUGGUCUGGGAAGCGGAGCUGAAGUGCCCUGGGCUUUGGUGAGGCGUGACAGUUUAUCAUGACCGUGUUCAGGCAGGAAAACGUGGAUGAUUACUACGACACCGGCGAGGAACUUGGCAGUGGACAGUUUGCGGUUGUGAAGAAAUGUCGUGAGAAAAGCACCGGCCUCCAGUAUGCUGCCAAAUUCAUCAAGAAAAGGAGGACUAAGUCCAGCCGGCGGGGUGUGAGCCGUGAGGACAUCGAGCGGGAAGUCAGCAUCCUGAAGGAGAUCCAGCACCCCAAUGUCAUCACCCUGCACGAGGUCUAUGAGAACAAGACGGACGUCAUUCUGAUCUUGGAACUCGUUGCAGGUGGCGAGCUGUUUGACUUCUUAGCUGAAAAGGAAUCUUUAACUGAAGAGGAAGCAACUGAAUUUCUCAAACAAAUUCUUAACGGUGUUUACUACCUGCACUCCCUUCAAAUCGCCCACUUUGAUCUUAAGCCUGAGAACAUAAUGCUUUUGGAUAGAAAUGUCCCCAAACCUCGGAUCAAGAUCAUUGACUUUGGGUUGGCCCAUAAAAUUGACUUUGGAAAUGAAUUUAAAAACAUAUUUGGGACUCCAGAGUUUGUCGCUCCUGAGAUAGUCAACUAUGAACCUCUUGGUCUUGAGGCAGAUAUGUGGAGUAUCGGGGUAAUAACCUAUAUCCUCCUAAGUGGGGCCUCCCCGUUUCUUGGAGACACUAAGCAAGAAACGUUAGCAAAUGUAUCCGCUGUCAACUAUGAAUUUGAGGAUGAAUACUUCAGUAAUACCAGUGCCCUAGCCAAAGAUUUCAUAAGAAGACUUCUGGUCAAGGAUCCAAAGAAGAGAAUGACAAUUCAAGAUAGUUUGCAGCAUCCCUGGAUCAAGCCUAAAGAUACACAACAGGCACUUAGUAGAAAAGCAUCAGCAGUAAACAUGGAGAAAUUCAAGAAGUUUGCAGCCCGGAAAAAAUGGAAACAAUCCGUUCGCUUGAUAUCACUGUGCCAAAGAUUAUCCAGGUCGUUCCUGUCCAGAAGUAACAUGAGUGUUGCCAGAAGCGAUGAUACUCUGGAUGAGGAAGACUCCUUUGUGAUGAAAGCCAUCAUCCAUGCCAUCAACGAUGACAACGUCCCAGGCCUGCAGCACCUUCUGGGCUCAUUGUCCAACUAUGAUGUUAACCAACCCAACAAGCACGGGACACCUCCAUUACUCAUUGCUGCUGGCUGUGGGAAUAUUCAAAUACUACAGUUGCUCAUUAAAAGAGGCUCAAGAAUCGAUGUCCAGGAUAAGGGCGGGUCCAAUGCCAUCUACUGGGCUGCUCGGCAUGGCCACGUCGAUACCUUGAAAUUUCUCAAUGAGAACAAAUGCCCUUUGGAUGUGAAAGACAAGUCUGGAGAGACGGCCCUCCAUGUGGCAGCUCGCUAUGGCCAUGCUGAUGUGGCUCAGCUACUGUGCAGCUUCGGCUCCAAUCCCGACAUCCAGGACAAGGAAGAAGAAACCCCCCUGCACUGUGCUGCCUGGCACGGGUAUUACUCUGUGGCCAAAGCCCUUUGUGAAGCCGGCUGUAACGUGAACAUCAAGAACCGAGAAGGAGAGACGCCCCUCCUGACAGCCUCUGCCAGGGGCUACCACGACAUCGUGGAGUGUCUGGCCGAACAUGGAGCCGACCUUAAUGCUUGCGACAAGGACGGACACAUUGCCCUUCAUCUGGCUGUGAGACGGUGUCAGAUGGAGGUAAUCAAGACUCUCCUCAGCCAAGGGUGUUUCGUCGAUUAUCAAGACAGGCACAGCAAUACUCCCCUCCACGUGGCGUGUAAAGAUGGCAACGUGCCUAUUGUGGUGGCCCUCUGUGAAGCAAACUGCAAUUUGGACAUCUCAAACAAGUAUGGACGAACACCUCUGCACCUUGCGGCCAACAACGGAAUCCUAGACGUGGUCCGGUAUCUCUGUCUGAUGGGAGCCAGCGUGGAGGCGCUGACCACGGAUGGAAAGACGGCAGAAGAUCUUGCUAGAUCAGAACAGCACGAGCACGUAGCAGGUCUCCUUGCAAGACUUCGAAAGGAUACGCACCGAGGACUCUUCAUCCAGCAGCUUCGACCCACACAGAACCUGCAGCCAAGAAUUAAGCUCAAGCUGUUUGGCCACUCGGGAUCUGGGAAAACCACCCUUGUAGAAUCUCUCAAGUGUGGGCUGCUGAGGAGCUUUUUCAGAAGGCGUCGGCCCAGACUGUCUUCCACCAACUCCAGCAGGUUCCCACCUUCACCCCUGGCUUCUAAGCCCACAGUCUCAGUGAGCAUCAACAACCUGUACCCAGGCUGCGAGAACGUGAGCGUGAGGAGCCGCAGCAUGAUGUUCGAGCCGGGUCUUACCAAAGGGAUGCUGGAGGUGUUCGUGGCCCCAACCCACCACCCGCACUGCUCAGCCGAUGACCAGUCCACCAAGGCCAUCGACAUCCAGAACGCUUAUUUGAAUGGAGUUGGCGAUUUCAGCGUGUGGGAGUUCUCUGGAAAUCCUGUGUAUUUCUGCUGUUAUGACUAUUUUGCUGCAAAUGAUCCCACGUCAAUCCAUGUUGUUGUCUUUAGUCUAGAAGAGCCCUAUGAGAUCCAGCUGAACCAAGUGAUUUUCUGGCUCAGUUUCCUGAAGUCCCUUGUCCCAGUUGAAGAACCCAUAGCCUUCGGUGGCAAGCUGAAGAACCCACUCCAAGUUGUCCUGGUGGCCACCCAUGCUGACAUCAUGAAUGUUCCUCGACCGGCUGGAGGCGAGUUUGGAUAUGACAAAGACACAUCGUUGCUGAAAGAGAUUAGGAACAGGUUUGGAAAUGAUCUUCACAUUUCAAAUAAGCUGUUUGUUCUGGAUGCUGGGGCUUCUGGGUCAAAGGACAUGAAGGUACUUCGAAAUCAUCUGCAAGAAAUACGAAGCCAGAUUGUUUCGGUCUGCCCUCCCAUGACUCACCUGUGUGAGAAAAUCAUCUCCACGCUGCCUUCCUGGAGGAAGCUCAAUGGACCCAACCAGCUGAUGUCGCUGCAGCAGUUUGUGUACGACGUGCAGGAUCAGCUGAACCCUCUGGCCAGCGAGGAAGACCUCAGGCGCAUUGCUCAGCAGCUCCACAGCACAGGCGAGAUCAACAUCAUGCAAAGUGAAACAGUUCAGGAUGUGCUGCUCCUGGACCCCCGCUGGCUCUGCACAAACGUCCUGGGGAAGUUGCUGUCCGUGGAGACCCCACGGGCGCUGCACCACUACCGGGGCCGCUACACCGUGGAGGACAUCCAGCGCCUGGUGCCUGACAGCGACGUGGAGGAGCUGCUGCAGAUCCUCGAUGCCAUGGACAUCUGCGCCCGGGACCUGAGCAGCGGAACCAUGGUGGACGUCCCAGCCCUGAUCAAGACAGACAACCUGCACCGCUCCUGGGCCGAUGACGAGGAUGAGGUGAUGGUGUAUGGCGGCGUGCGCAUCGUGCCCGUGGAACACCUCACCCCCUUCCCGUGUGGCAUCUUUCACAAGGUCCAGGUGAACCUGUGCCGGUGGAUCCACCAGCAAAGCCCAGAGGGUGACGCGGACAUCCGCCUGUGGGUGAAUGGCUGCAAGCUGGCCAACCGUGGGGCUGAGCUGCUGGUGCUGCUGGUCAACCAUGGCCAGGGCAUUGAGGUCCAGGUCCGCGGCCUGGAGACGGAGAAGAUCAAGUGCUGCCUGCUGCUGGACUCGGUGUGCAGCACCAUUGAGAACGUCAUGGCCACCACGCUGCCAGGGCUCCUGACCGUGAAGCAUUACCUGAGCCCCCAGCAGCUGCGGGAGCACCACGAGCCCGUCAUGAUCUACCAGCCACGGGACUUCUUCCGGGCACAGACCCUGAAGGAAACCUCACUGACCAACACCAUGGGGGGGUACAAGGAAAGCUUCAGCAGCAUCAUGUGCUUCGGGUGUCACGACGUCUACUCACAGGCCAGCCUCGGCAUGGACAUCCACGCAUCAGACUUGAACCUCCUCACUCGGAGGAAACUGAGUCGCCUGCUGGACCCACCCGACCCCCUGGGGAAGGACUGGUGCCUUCUCGCCAUGAACUUAGGCCUCCCUGACCUCGUGGCAAAGUACAACACCAAUAACGGGGCUCCCAAGGAUUUCCUCCCCAGCCCCCUCCACGCCCUGCUGCAGGAAUGGACCACCUACCCUGAGAGCACAGUGGGCACCCUCAUGUCCAAACUGAGGGAGCUGGGUCGCCGGGAUGCCGCAGACUUUUUGCUGAAGGCAUCCUCUGUGUUCAAAAUCAACCUGGAUGGCAAUAGCCAGGAGGCCUAUGCCUCGAGCUGCAACAGUGGCACCUCUUACAACUCCAUUAGCUCUGUUGUGUCCCGGUGAGGGCAGCCUCUGGCUUGGGCAGGGUCUGUUUGGACUGCAGAAGCAAGGGGGUGAUGUAGCCCAUCCUUCCCUUUGGAGAUGCUGAGGGUGUUUCUUCCUGCACCCACAGCCAGGGGGAUGCCACUCCUCCCUCUGGCUUGACCUGUUUCUCUGCCACUACCUCCCUCCCCCUCUCAUUCCGUUGUCUGUGGAUGGUCAUUGCAGUUUAAGAGCAGAACAAAUCUUUUACUUUGGCCACUUGAAAAGCUAGUGUACCUCCUCUCAGUGUUUUGGACUCCAUCUCUCAUCCUCCAGUACCUUGCUUCUUACUGAUAAUUUUGCUGGAAUUCCUAACUUUUCAAUGACAUUUUUUUAACUACUAUAUUGAUUAUCCUUUAAAAAAGAAAAGUGCAUAUUUAUCCAAAAUGUGUAUUUCUUAUACGCUUUUCUUUGUUAUACCAUUUCCUCAGCUUUUCUCUUUUAUAUUUGUAGGAGAAACUCUCAUGUAUGGAAUCCCACUGUAUGAUUUAUAAACAGACAAUAUGUGAGUGCCUUUUGCAGAAGAGGGUGUGUUUGAAAUCAUCAGAGUCAGCCAGGAGCUGUCACCAAGGAAACGCUACCUCUCUGUCCCUUGCUGUAUGCUGAUCAUCGCCAGAGGUGCUUCACCCUGAGUUUUGUUUUGUAUUGUUUUCUGACAGUUUCUCUGUUUUGUUUGACAAGGAAAGGGGAGAAGGGAAUCCUCCUCCAGGGUGAUUUUAUGAUCAGUGUUGUUGCUCUAGGAAGACAUUUUUCAGUUUGCUUUUGUUAAUGUCAAUGUGAACGUCCACAUGAAACCUACAAACUGUCACGCUUCAUCAUUCCCUCUCAUCUCAGGUAGAAGGUUGACACAGUUGUAGGGUUACAGAGACCUGUGUAAGAAUUCGGAAGACCCCUGACUCAUCAUUUGUGGCAGUCCCUUGUAAUUGGUGCAUAGCAGAUGGUUUCCACAUUUAGAUCCUGGUUUGAUAACUUCCUGUACUUGAAGUCUAAAAGCAGAAAAUAAAGGAAGCAAGUUUUCUUCCAUGAUUUUAAAUUGUGAUCGAGUUUUAAAUUGAUAUGAGGGAACAUGUCCUAAUUCUUCUGUCCUGAGAAGCAUGUAAUGUUAAUGUUAUAUCAUAUGUAUAUAUAUAUAUGCACUAUGUAUAUACAUAUAUAUUAAUACUGGUAUUUUUACUUAAUCUAUAAAAUGUCGUUAAAAAGUUGUUUGUUUUUUUCUUUUUUUAUAAAUAAACUGUUGCUCGUUGCAUUA